AUGGACGCCCCUAAGGUGGGCGGCCGCGUACGUGGACGCGCGCGACAAAAUGGGUGGACAGCGUUACGCUGGGCAGCAUACCGGGGUCAUAAGAUAAUAGUCAAGCUUUUGAUCCGGCACGGGGCAUCGAUCGAGACCUCCAGCGGUGACCAGUGGACAUUGCUCAGGUGGGCGGCACAAGUGGGCCGGGAGGAUAUCAUUAAGCUCCUAGUUGAGAUGCGAGUUCAUCUGAAUGCGACUGAUGCGGAUGGCUUGACAUCACUUCGAGGGGCAGUCAACUAUGACCGGGCGAUGACCGCAUGGUUGUUGUUCCAGGCUCAAGCAGACGUCGGCAAGCCGGAUCGGAAAGGGAUGACGGCGCUCCACUUUGUAGCAGAAAGAUGUCGCAACGGCAAUAGCUCCCUCCAGAUCCUAUGGCUGCUCUUAGAGAAUCAAGCGAACAUCAACGCGGAGACAAAACUAGGCCGGACGCCGUUGCACUCCGCCGUAUCUGGUGGAAGCCACUCGGCUGUGUGGCUCUUGCUUGAGAAAGGGGCAAACAUCAACGCGCAGACAAAGCUCGGUCUAACGCCUCAUUGCCGCGUACAGAGGAAGCGACUCGUUCUGCAUUGGGCUGUUGAGGAACAAGAAAUGAGAGUUGCAGAGUUGUUGAUCAAGAAGGCAGGCGAUAUUGUCCACGCUGCGGAUCAGGAGAAACGGACGGCACUCCACUGUGCAGCGUCCAUAGGAAAUACCCACAUUGUUGAGAUGCUUUUAGAUCAUGGAGCACACAUUAACGUCCAGGAUCGUAACGGGCAUACGUCUCUACAUCUUGGAGUGUCUCAGCAACACGAGGGUAUUGUAACGCGCUUGGUUUGGAGAGGUGCCGAUUGGAACGUCCUAGACAACAAAAAGAGGACGGCUAUUCACUUGGCGACAGCCCUGGAAAACGAAUCGAUCAUAGAGGCUUUUCGCUUAUUUCGCCCAGCCACGGGUGCUAACGACGCCGACGAUGGUAAAAACCCUUCACACAUGGAAGCGGCAAAGCCGAAGAAUAGGAAUUCGAAGUUCGCAGCUCGGGUAGAAGACGAAUAA